CAGGACUCGACGAUGUUUGUCCUGCCAUUCCAGGAGGUCAAAUUCAACGCCAACUUUAUGUCACGACUGGAGAGUGUUUCAGAGAUAGCAGUGGUUGGCCCACCUGCACUCUUCAGGACUGGCUUCGUAUCAGUCGGCCCUCUGGCGACCAUGACCAUGGCCUGGGUCCGCUCCGAAAACAAGCUGACUCGUCUUUUGCCUGUCUGCUUUGUUGCGAAUACCAAGAGUUUGCAGUCAGAGCCCAGAUGCAUGUGGCUGUACCAAAGAGAAAUGAGGACCCUACCUACCGGAACAGAGUUGAAGUGUGAGAACACAGAGAUGUCUCUGGUGCUUCCUGUCACCUCACUGAGCAACAUCAACCUGGCCGAACUGCAGCUCAACAGCCCCACCUGUCCCGUCACGUACAACAGCACACACCUGACUGCACGCAUCCCCUUGAGUGGCUGCGGCACCAAAACUGUGCACUCUGGUUCAGAGCUGGUUUACACCAACACCUUGAAAAGUGUGCGUCCGUACACCAUGGUCAGCCGCGAGCCCUCCCUCGUCCUCCCCCUGGCCUGCCGGAUUCCUGGAGUCCAGGCCAAAGGACCACAGCACAAGAUCAGCAUGCCCACAGAAAAGGAAACCUUUGGUGAGGUUAGGUUUUGGAUAGAAUUUCACUUACCAGGAGAAGGGCCCCUGGCACAAUUCACACGCGACCCGAAGUUGCGCUCCCUCCGAUUCUCACCAGAACGAGUGCGUCGAGAGGUGGAAUCACUAUCAAGGAGCUACAGCACAUCAAACAGCACCUCCAACAGUACCUCAGACUUCUCCGUUAACAGCACUGGCAUCUACGACGCCAUCGGGUCCAGGAUCAACCAGCUGGACCUCCAUGUGAUGUCCAACUGCAGCGUUGAUCGUGCUGAGAUGGUAGUGAGCAAUUGCAUGGAGUCUGAAGCGGAAGACUUUUCUGUAUCCAACCCCAUUCUGGAGCAAGGAUGUACAACAUCCAGCAACACAUUGGAGGUUGUUACAACAGAAAGCAAUUCCAAAGUCUACCGCCUUGAUUUGAGCACUCUGGAGACCCAAGGAUCAACGAUGUAUGUCCAGUGCACAGUCAAUCUGUGCAUCGCCACCCUUCCCUCAGAGAAGUGUCCUGACCUGUGCACCCGCGCCAUUAAUCACAGAUCGCUGGUUAACAGUGUGUUUACGAAAACCUACACCAUCAACUCAGGACCUAUUAGCCUUGUGAUCACCACUCCAGGACCAUCUACAGCCGCUCCCAGUACUACCACUACUACUAAACCAACUACAACAACUACUACCACUACUACUACUACUGCUGCUGUUACCACAGCUGCCCAGACCACCACCACCUCACAUGCUCCACAACGGGCCUCAGCCAUGGCGGUGGGAGUGAUUUUGACGACUAUCAGCAUAUUUCUUCAACACAUCUUCCUUUACUGAGCACGUUGGAUGAUGAUCUGUCAGUAACAUGGAACAUUACUUUUUCCUGUUUGGCUUCAAAUGAAGAUUGAGCCCCAUUCCACUAUAUAUUUUGAGCUGUUUUAGAGAAUCAAACAAAAGCAAGACUAGCACUACAUUGCUGUCAGAAAAACAUAAGAUGCUGCACUGCUUGCACUGCAGGAUCCUGAAGGAUGUGACCCAGACAAGCAGUCAAGCAUUAAAAGCUUCUCCCUGAAAUGAGGUUUUAUUUCUAAUGCGCUUAUACAAAGCGUCCGUGAAGCCUAAAUGUUUAAGACGCUGACCAUAUAAUCGCAAUGAGCCUAAAUUUGUUGUGUUCAUAAGUAUUGAGCACAGGAGAUAACAAAUAGCGUCAUACACCUCUUUCCCCUCAUGAGCUCUUAUUGGCUACUGCUGCUCAAUGUUCUGUAAAUGUUUACUUAUCACAAACAUUGCAGAUAAAAUCAGCUGUAUUUUAAAAACUUAAAAUAUUUAAAUAUUUCAUCACUGAUACUUCUAUCUGCAUGUCCAAUUUGUCUUAGACCUAAAAAAUCUGUCUCGUCAAAACUGUGCUUAAUGUUGUUUGUUGUGUAUCUGUCUUUACUUUAAAUGUAAAAAGUAUAUA